AUGAUAGCAUAGAAGAAGCCAGAACAGUGAGUUAGAACAAAUAUUCGACAGAGCAGCUUUUUGAAGAAAGUGUACAGACCAUUUGAACAAUAAGCGUGAUUACGGCAAGUGGAUAUUAAGAGAAAUUAGUCUGCGUAGGUGGCGAUCUGAAAAUAACUUUACAGUACAAGCAAACCAACCAAUCCAGGAAAUUGUGUGCUGCUGCUUGUUACAGGAAAAUAAUGUCAUGCAGCACUCUAAAGUCUGUUGGUCCUUGACGACAUGGAUGGUCCAGCUGGCCUUGAUUGUUCUCACUGUUCAAGCUAAAAACUGCACCAAACCCAUAGGAGGGCCAAACAUGGUUUUGUCAGAUGCCUUCAUCACGCAAGAGACAUUUGUAGAUGGAGCAAAAGUCACUUUUCAGUGUGCAAUUGGAUAUGCCAAUACAGGACGGUCUCCUUCAGUCACCUGUACUGCUGGCGUGUGGAGUAAAGUGAAACUGACAUGCGAAAGGAAGUCGUGUGGCACCCCAGGAGAAGUGAUGAACGGCCGGUUUAAUCUCUCUGAGGGGAUCUUGUUUGGAGACAAGGCAGUUGCUACCUGUAACACUGGCUAUAUGCUUGUGGGCAGCGGUGUAAGGACCUGUAUGGAUGGAGGCUGGGAUGGCAGACUUCCUGUAUGUGAAGUGAUGAAGUGUGGAAAGCCCCCAAACAUUGUCAACGGUGGGCCUGUUGUCCCACCUGAAGAUACGUAUGACUAUGGAAGUGUAGUGCAAUAUGACUGUGAGAAGGAUUACACUCUGGUUGGAACUAAAUUCAUAACCUGCCGUGAGAAUGGAGAAUUCCAGCCAGCUCCACCUGAGUGUAAAAUGGUCUCAUGUCCUCUUCCUGUUGUUGAGAAUGGCGUUCGGAUUGCAGGCCGUCCCCCCUAUACGCACAAGUCUUUUGUGACGUAUGGGUGUAACGCUGGAUAUGAGAUGGUGGGACAAGACAGUCUGACCUGUGAAAUAGAAGGCUGGUCAGCUCCUUACCCAACAUGCAAAGCCCUUCUGACUACGACAAAGCCCACUACUACAAGGAGAACCACAAUCCAAGAUCGUGUACCUCGUCCCACUGAUCUAACCCCAAAGGCCAACGACAACACUGGGGUAAUAGCAGGCUGUGUUGUAGGUGUACUUGCCAUUAUUUGUCUUGCAGUAGUUGCAGUCUGCAAAGUUAAACGAAGCUCUCGAGGCGGCUACUCAUCAAAUGUGGCCACUAAAAACUCUGAAGACAAUGAGUUGUAGCAUCCUCUGCCAUGUGCCAAGUAGCCUAAUUUGCCUUAGUCGUCUCCUGCUUCAUUGAGAAAGGAGUCACAGAGAACUAGCUGCUGUGACGGUGCCUCCGAAUCAUCUACUACCCUCCCGCUUAUGAACGCAGCAGGCCCUCCCAAUUACCGGGAAUGGUUCAUAUCCUUUCAAAGGAAGCUCUAUUACGUGAUGAUUAGGAACCUCCUGACGAAUGUAUUGCUUCUCUCCCAUUUGGAAGCUUGUGCAUAAGGAGUGGCCUAACUUGAUUAGUUAAUAACUAUUAAUGUUUCCAGUAUACUUCACAUAUCACCUUUUCUUAAUCUAAGCCUGCUUCAUCUCAUUGCCUACAUUCUGAUGUUAAGUCCCACAUAUGUAUGGAAGCUGCUCUUUAGGGCGACCAUGCAUCACAAAGCCAGUUUUACCUCCUAUGAAAUAAAAAGAUUUAAGGAAAUCAUAUCCUUUGCAAUAUAAAAAAAAAACUCACAAUAUAUCAUGCAGUUUGACACCAAUGUCUUGAUAAAGUCAUACCACCAAAGGUCAACACUGGUUUCAUAGACUAGGUUGCAGAUGUGUUGAAUGUUACCUGGAGUUCAUGAACAAAAUCGGGGUUCAAAGAGAAUCAAUGGGCACUCACUAAGUUUAGCUCUAAUCAUUGGCCUUGGUCUUUAAUUGUGUAAAUGUCAGGUUCAUUUAAAAAGGUUGGUUUUAUAAGGAGACCAUGGAAUUGAUGCAGUAUGCUUAUUUUGUAAAGUGCUAGUUCUUUGAAGGAUCAAGGACUCAUGAUCCAGCUUUGGAAUCUUUAUUUGCACUUAUAGCCUAUUUAUAUUGUCUUGGAGUUAUAUUGUAGAUAAGUCAAUGAAAGAUUUAUUUUAAAAAAUGUAAAUGCAUCUUGUUUUAAUGAAGUUAAAUGGGGAAAAUACAUGCUUACAAUGUCUAUUUUCAGAGAUGAGUCAUAUUUCCGUGACACAUUUUCCCUCUAAACUGUUCUGGAUUUGUGUGUAAUUGGCUCACAUUGCAUGUGUAAGAAUAACUAUGGAAACUGAUUUAAGCAGAUUGAGCAAAUAUAUUGGAGAUCUGCUAUUCAACCACUUGUAAUAUAACAUCCACCAUACCCAACAGUUGAAUUACUGCCUUGAGUAAAUGUACAAAGUGACGUUAACCACAGUGCAAGACUAUCUGGAUCAUGGUGUUCUGUAGGCAGGAAACCUGCAGCUCUCUGUAAUAAUCAGGCUCAGCUUAGUGCAUUUAGAAUGUUCAAAGUGCUCUGGAUUCUUCACAAUGCCUUAUCAAGGGAAAAUACCAAAUAUUUUGCAGUUGUACCCUUUUAUUUAUUUUGUAUUAUCUUAACAGACAUUUUCCUCUGCCCUUUUUAUUACAUUGCUUGGUUGACUCUUUUACAGGUUGUCCUGUUUUUCUUUGUUAAUGAAAACAACAGAUUUAAUGUUGUGAUCUAAUAGCACUUGUGUGGCUAAAACCAGGUUCUUAUUUAUUAGGCUACAAAGUUUAGGACGUUGCAAAUAAAAGUGCAAUGAAGAAUAUUUUUGGAGUUUGAUGUCUAUUGUAUAGCCUACAGUGAAUUUGCUUUAUUCUGAUCAAUGUACCCUACUAAGCAGAGCGGUGUUCAACAUAUCCAAACAAGACAACCCCACUUGCCAUGUUUUCAAAAUGGAAUAAAUACAUGUUCCAGAA